UGUGCCGAGAAAUAGCAGCGAGGGUUGCGGGACUGACUGACUGACAGUGGAAGGAGCUGUGUCUGCAUUUACCACUGACUGUCUGAAAUCGUGGCAAACUUGGACUUGAGGCAACGAUGUGCUAGAAAAUGAGCUUCCAUACUUUGAUGAUGAUGAUCAAGACGAAGGCAAAGUAUUUGAUUUUGACAGUGAUGAGAUACCAGAAGCAGACAGAGAGCCCAGCUCUGCCCCUGUACCUGUGGUUAUGAAUGAAGUGGAACAUGGCACCACACAAGCCUCAAAACAGGAUGAUGUAACUUUGGAUAUGGCUACUGACAACCAUGGAUAUUACGAAAUAUCAGAAACAAAUAAUUUGUCCCCACAUAGAAAGGAUUUCGAUCAAGACCCUAAAGCAGUGGCACGAGAAAACGGUACUGCUGCCAAUUUGCUACAUACAUCAACACAAGCCACAGCACUUGCAAAAGUGAAUCCAUAUUCGGUUAUAGAUAUCUCACCAAUCCAGGAAGGCGAUGAAGUUGAAUCAUCAGGAGCAGAACAAAGCCUCCAGGACAAUAAGGCAACUGGUCAUGCACUUCCUGCUGGAUAUUGUAUUCCAGUUCCCUGCGGAUAUGCUGUACCAUCCAAUGUGCCAUUGUUGGUUCCUACAUAUUCAGCACCUGUUACUUUAAUAAGAAAUAAUUCUGUUGAUGAGGAAGUGCCGUUUACAAGUGAGGAUGUUGAUGCUAGAAUUAUUCAGUCAAACAGUCAACCAGCUGGUGAAGAUUACCUUGCUUUGGACACAGAAGAUGCAUUUACCAAAUGGGCUUCAGAUCCAGCAAAUACAGCAUGGCUGGAGGGUCAGGAUGAAGUAAUUUAUGAUGAUGUGCCAAGAGAAAAUUCUGAUGCGUCAGCAACAGAUCCAGAAGAACUCAUUUAUGAUGAUGUAGAACAUGGAGAUGAGGCUGCGACAAGUUCUUUGGAUUAUGGUUGGAGCUCCAGUGAGUUUGAGAGCUAUGAAGAGCAAAGUGAUGGCGAGGCUAAAAGUGAAAAUGGAAUUCCCAACUCAUUCCUCCAAGGCAAAUCUCACAAGAACAAGAUACAUCUUUCACAGGACCUAAGUCGUUUAAAAGAACACUAUGAGAAGAAAAUGAAAGAACUGGCAAAUGCAGUGGGAAGUGUGGAACUUCAACAACUGAAGCAGAAACAAGAACGGAAGAUGCAACAAUUAAUGAAAGCUGCAAAGGAAGGAACAAAAGAUGGAUUAGAAAAGACCAAAGCCGCUGUUCUUAAAAGGGGACGUUCGUUUAUUAGACACAGGUAUCAAGAUCACAGGUUUGGGUGUCUGGAAGAGGAAGAACAGAAUCUGUUCAUUGACGUUGACUGCAAACAUCCAGAGCCAGUAAUGACACCAAUGCCAGAGGGUUUGACACAGCAGCAGGUUGUCAGACGAUAUAUUCUUGGGUCAGUAGUUGAAAGUGAGAAGAGUUAUAUGGAUGCAUUGAAGCGAAUUCUAGAGCAUUAUGAGAAACCUCUUUUGGAAAUGGAUCCGAAGCUAUUAAGUGAAAGGAAAUUGAAAAUAGUGUUUUAUCGAAUAAAGGAGAUUCUUCAGUGCCAUUCCCUGUUCCAGAUUGCCUUAGCUAGUCGUGUGACUGAGUGGGACUCAGUUGAAAUGAUUGGAGAUGUCUUUGUUGCCUCAUUUUCUAAGUCAAUGGUGCUUGAUGCGUAUAGUGAAUAUGUAAACAAUUUUAGUACUGCCAUGGGAAUAAUUAAGAAAGUGUGUGCCAGCAAACCUGCCUUUCUGGAAUUUUUGAAACAAUGCCAUGAGUCAAGUUCUGAUCGCAUUACAUUGUACGGACUAAUGAUGAAGCCAAUUCAACGUUUUCCACAGUUCAUUCUUUUGCUACAGGACAUGCUAAAGAACACUCCAAAGGGACACCCUGAUAGACUACCUCUUCAGAUGGCUCUCACUGAGCUUGAAACAUUAGCGGAGUAUUUAAACGAACAGAAACGGGAAGCAGACCAACGCCGUGAGAUGAAGCAGAUCGCAAAAGCAAUGAAUGAGCGUUACUUGAAUAAGCUUCUUCGUAGCGGAAACAGAUACCUCAUAAGGUCAGAUGACAUGGUGGAAACGGUUUACACUGAGAAAGGAGAAAUUGUGAAAACCAAAGAGCGACGUCUGUUCAUGUUAAAUGAUGUACUUAUGUGUGCUACAGUCAGCUCUCGUGUCCAGUAUGACAACAGUGGUGCAAUACCCUCUGGCCUGAGAUACUUGUUGAAGUGGAGUGUACCGCUAUCUCAAGUUGAAGUUGUGGAAUUUGGGAACAGUGAGGAUCUGGCAGAAAAAAAUAGAUUUACCCCACCACAUUCUGGAGAAAAGAUCCUAAUUAGUACAAAACCAAACAAGCUGUAUAUGGGACCAGGACAGCUGUAUCAGGAUUUACAAAACCUAAUGCAUGAUUUAAGUGUGAUUGGCCAGAUUACGCAGCUUGUUGGUACUUUAAAAGGAAAUUAUCAGAAUUUAAAUCCAGCUGUGAGCCAGGAUUGGACAGCAGGUCUUCAGAAACUCAUAUUUAAAAAGGAAGAAGAAAUAAGAGCAGCAGAUCGUUGCAGAAUUCAACUGCAGCUUCCUGGAAAACCAGACAAAUCUGGAAGGCCUUCAUUUUUUACAGCAGUGUUUAAUACAUUUACUCCAACGAGCAAACUCUCCUGGAUGAGUAGUUUACAAAUGGCCAAAUUGGCCCUUGGGGAUGAGAACCAGCUGGGCUGGUUUUGUGCAGAGGAUGAUGGGAAACAAGUAAAGCGCCAAAAGCACCCACUUCUUGUCAAGCACAUGCCUGUGAUGAUGUCAAAACUGCAGGAGUUCAAGGUAGAAUGUGCUGUUCACAAUCCCGAACGCUGUAAUGCAUCUGAUGCACCAAACUCAUUGUCUAUGGAACAUGGAUAUCUGUGGAUUGGAAGUUGUACCAAUCAAAUGGGUCAGGUUACCAUUGUCACUCUACAUAAUUCCAAUCCAAAAGUGAUUGAAUGCUUUAACGUUGAGUCCCGUAUACUGGCCAUGGCAUAUGUCCCAGAAGAUGACAAACCAGAAGAAUCCGAUGUCUUUUCUGACUCUGAAUCUAUGAGUACAAAGUGCACUGAAACCCCAUCUAUCUGUCUUGGAAUGGAAGAAGGAAGCAUUUCUGUGUACAAGAGCAAUCAGGCUUCGAAAAAAGUGCGAUUGCAGCAUUUCUUUACUCCGGAUAGAUCGACAGUGGUGAGCCUCGGAUACAAAUUACAGUGUCUCUACGCUGGACUUGUUAAUGGAAAUAUUGCUAUCUAUACCAAGGCUGAAGGUGUGUAUACGUCAUCUAUUUAUUAUGAACCUCUCAGAAUUUAA